CACAAUGGCAGCCUAUGAGCUAGUGCUGAUCCUUAUUCAAGCAGUUCUCGUCCUUUCCACCUCUCGCUCCCACCUCACUAUUCGACUCUAUGAUCCCCUUCAACAACUGUACAUACAAGACCUGCAAAUUGAGGAGAAAUUUGAAACCAUAAUAGCUAAAGGCGUCUGUCAGGGCCCAGGUAACACCAUGACCUUCAGGCUGAGCCCAGGUGACGGCGGCACUGAUCUGCUUGACGAAAACAGCGCCAUGACCAUCCAGGAAGAGGGUGCUCAUUCCUGCAUCUACACUGGACCUGCUGUGUCCUGCAAAUAUCAGCACUACUGCACCACCGACAACACCUGCAACAUCACCAUCAACUCCGCGUGUCCGGCGUUCGGAUCCAAGUCCGGCUUUGAGAUGACUGAAAGCAUCGACAUCACCAUCGACGGUCAGGACAAAGAGUUGCAUUUUGUGCAUUGUAUAGCAGUCUGUCAAGCCGAUGUUAAGCCUGGUAGUAAUAAAUCACAACCUAAAGGAUUAAGUGAGUUAGCCAUUGGUUUUAUUGUGGCUGGGGCGAUGGUCGGGGCUGCGUUGAUAGUCAUUGGCAUUAUUGUGUGGAAAAUAAGACAAUACAAACCUCCGUCGGAAGACCACAAGCAACAUCACAUCGAUUACGCGACGUAAAGGUAUUUUAGUCUACCACAAAUAAAUACGUUUAAGUAGGGCUUUUGUAUAUAACACCUGAACAAUAUUAGUUUAUGGCAAAAAU